UAUGGCGUCUAAAAGCAUCGUCAAUGUCUUGAUUGCUUUUAAAUGAAUGUAACCAUUCAUAAAAAUUACCAUGUAGGGUAAAUCAUUUUAAUGAAAUACUUAUAUUUUGUGGGGCGUUUUUAAGAAAUAAAUACGUUAUUUUCUUUAAUAAAGAUACAUACGUUGAGUUCACUAGGGUUAAGAAAAAGAGUUGGUUCCACUAAAUUCCAUCAAUUAAAUAUGACCGUCACUUUCUUUGUCCCCAAGUUGCGUAGACCUAUAAAUAUAUCUCUUUACCUUCUCCUCUGUUUCAUACUCAAUUACUCAUCUUUCCUUUUUCCACAUCAAGUUAAGAAAAAUAAAAACCAAAGUAGAGGAAAUUAUCUCCAAACACACACAACACAAAUCAGAGAGAAACAAAAGAGAUUGCACAACAACAACAAAAAUGAGACCGUUGAGCGUACAGUCGAAGUUUGAAGAUGUGGCGACAUCAACCUCGGUGAAUCACCACGGAGUGACGCCGCAAUCACCGUGGCACUCGCCGGUUCCUUACCUCUUCGGCGGUUUAGCGGCGAUGCUAGGACUAAUCGCCUUUGCUCUUCUCAUCCUCGCUUGCUCUUACUGGCGCCUGUCUUCCUCCGGCGAAGGAGAUGGUCAGAACGUCGAUGAAGAGAAAGAGAGUCGGUCUGGAGAUAAGGCGGCGAAAGGAGCUUACGAGGAGAAGUUUCUUGUCAUAAUGGCCGGAGAAGACUUGCCGAGGUAUCUCGCAACACCGGCGAUGAAAAAAUGUACGUGUGGUGGUCACGAGGGUAAAAUGGUGAUUUCUCAGGAGGAAAGUGUUGCCAAAGAGGAAGAGAAGAUGAGAGAAGGUGAAGAGAAAGUGAAAGAUACCGACGAAACAACAACUACAAGUCACUGAACCUUUUUUUAUAUUUUAACUUUUUUGUUCUUCUUAAUUUACGUCUUUUUUCUUCUUCUUUUUGAGAGUUUCCUGGGGAAUUGUCCUUCUCAUGAUUCCUAGGAAUGUAACUAAAUUUUACUAGAGAGCAAAAUUUUGGGGUUUUUUUACUUGUUCUGUAGUGUUUAUCGUUUGAUCUAUUAAAUCCUUUUAUUCCAAAAUUUUGUAGUUUGAGGAAAUAUUUAGUCACUUCACCAAAA